AUGACAGAGCAACUGAAAGCAGGAAAAAAGGAGUUCCUGCGCUUCUCCAGAAAGCGGCAAAAACUAGGGGAUCAGGGUGUUCAAAAUACAGGGGAGUAUUUUGAGGAGGAUCAAUGGCGGUGUGUCUUUUAUUGCCAUCUGGAAGACGGAGGCCAGCCAAGAAAGUUACAAAACUCCCAUUGGGAAGAGGCUGGGAGGAAGGCGCAGGCACACCUGGGCAGGGGAGCAGGCAGACACGCCAGGAGAGGAGAGGACUAUGAGAAAGAGUUCGACCCCAAAAACUACCUGGCCACCUACUAUGCCUUCAACUCGGGCACCAUGGCAGAAAACGCAAUCCUAAAAUUUAACCGGGAAAACCUCUUCCAGACCUUCACCACAGGAGGAGUGGGCGGCUACGUGCUGAUCGACAUAGGCACUGGCCCCACCAUCUACCAGCUGCUAUCAGCCUGCGAGGUCUUUGGCAAGAUCAUCACCUCGGAUUACAGUGAGCAGAACCUGCGGGAGCUGGAGAAGCGGCUGAGGAAGGAGUCCGGUGCCUAUGACUGGUCCCCCGCGGUGCAAUAUGUGUGUGAGCUGGAGGGACACAGGCACAGGUGGCAGGAGAAGGAGACCCGGCUCUGAAACACAGUCACGAGUUUGCUAAAAUGCAAUGUGACCCAGCCGCACCCACUGGGGUCGGCCCAGGUGCCACUGGCUGACUGCGUGCUGAUGCUGCUGACCCUGGAGAGCGCCUGUCCCACUGUAGAUGCAUACUAGGCGGCCGGGCCGAGCCUGGUAGGCCUGCUGAAGCCAGGUGGACACCUGGUCACCAUGGUCUCCCUGCAUUCACAGCACUACAUGGUGGGCCCAAAGAAGUUCUUCGAGCUCCUCCUGGGGAAGGAGAUGGUAGAGUCGGCCUUGCAGGAGGCGGGCUGCCGGGUGCUGAGGUGUAACCACAUCAGCUACUGCCCCAUCAGCUACUCUGAAGCCUGCUCCAACAAUGAGGGCAUCUGCUUUGUAGCUGCCUGCAAGGGCUCCAGUGUCUAAGGUCAGCCCGGCUGGGAGGGCCUGCCUGGCAGGGAAGUCCUGGCCACUGGGUCUAUAAUUUCAUUCACUGACUCUCUGAAGCAAGUACGGCCUGCUCCCAAUGCCCGGUCCAGAGGUCGCAGGAGACAAGCUGGGCAUCUGUCCUCUGUAGUCCUUUCUCGUUACCCUGCACCAAAGACCAUGAAAAUAAAUAAUUUAGCUGGA